AUGAUCGCCUCGAUUGCUCUCUUGGUAAGCGGCCUCGCCGCCACGGUGCUCGGCCACGGCAUGGUCACGACCUUCAAGACCGAUGGUGUCUCAAACCAGGGCUUCAUUUUGGACUAUUACUACGACAAGAAGAAUGGCCAGCCCGUGCCCGACAUUGCUGCCUGGUACGCUGAGAACCUCGACAGCGGCUUCGUGGCACCCAACAACUACGGCACUCUGGAUAUCAACUGCCACAUCAACGCGACUCCAGGCACGCUCUCGACCACGGUCUCAGCCGGCGGAAAGGUCGAGUUCGAUUGGCCUGCGACCUGGCCUCAUCCAUACGGUCCAAUCAUCACGUACGUUGCUAAGUGCGCCGCAGAUUGCACCAAGGCCGACAAGUCAACGUUGAAGUGGGUCAAGAUCGAAGCUGUUGGCAUCAACUACACCACACAAAAAUGGGCGUCCCAGACCCUGAUCGACCAGGGCGGUAAGUGGACCACGACCGUGCCCAAGUCGCUGGCUCCCGGCAACUACGUGUUCCGCCACGAGAUCAUCGCCCUGCAUGGUGCUGGCUCGCUCAACGGCGCGCAGAACUACCCCCAGUGCUUCAACAUCAAGAUCACGGGCUCUGGUACUGCCAACCCCACCGGCACCUUGGGCACGGCUCUGUACAAGAACACAGAUCCUGGUAUCUACUUCAACCCUUACACCACCAUCACGAGCUACGCCAUGCCUGGCCCAACGCUGUGGACUGGUUAA